AUGGCCGCCGCGGUCGCCAUAGUGCCCGCGGCCCAGCACCAGUCGUUCGGCCACGGCAAUGUCGAAGCCGUGUCACCCUGCACGCGUGAAAUGUUAAUGGACGAAGGCUGGACCGCGCUGUUCGGUGCUCAGUCGGCUCUCGCCGAGGUUGUUGACCACCUGGCCCGCACCAUUCAUGAGAUGGAGCCAGCCCGCUGGAGCUCGGGCAUUGUAGAAGCGAGGUUGGAAUUGCUCGGCGGAUAUUGGGGCGAUUUUCAAGCCAACCAUCUCAAGCUCAUCGAAGCUCUGCCACCGGAAAAGGCGUCUCGAUUGGUCCAGCUUUACACUGACGUGGAAGCGCACUACCUCGACGCACGGUCUUGCCUCUACGACGCGAGAGACUCCCUGGCGCCGGCACCUGUCCCUCCCGGGCCAUUUCCGGGCCCAGGAAACCCGGCUUCGGGCCGUGGGCCUCGCUUGCCGAGAAUCAGCAUUCCGAACUUCUCCGGGAGACGAGAAGACUGGGAGAGCUUCCGUGAUCUCUUCCGAGCGCUGAUCCACGAGGACUGCCAACUCACCAACGUCAAGCGCCUGUUCUAUUUAAAGUCGCUUGCUCAGGGAGACGCUAAGACGGCCCUCGAUACGGUCCAGGUAGCCGAGGCCAAUUACUCUAUGGCAUGGGCUCUGCUUGAAGCGCGCUACGAGCACAGCCACCUUCUCGUCCACGACCAUGUCACAGCCCUGCGGAACAUCAAACCACUCAGAGACGAGUCCGCCUGCGGAUUGCAGAGCCUCUUGGACACCCUGGAAAAAUAUCGCGACCAGCUUGGCGCCUAA